UGAGGGAAGGACCAGGAGGCUACCAUGCCAUUGCAGCGGUGAGCGCCUUGUGGGUUUUAUGAUUUUGUAAAAAGAGUAACGGAGGCAAGGUUUUUCAGCCGCGAAACCUUAUUGAAAUACUCACAGAUACAAAUGUGGAUGUAACUGUUGAACUCAAAAUACAGACAUGAGCCACUGAAGCUGAGAGUAAAGGAAAGCCUUCACUAAGCUCAAGGGAAGAGCUCUGUUACUCCCCCCUCCCCUCCCUUCCCCCUAACACACAAAAGAAAUCACAAAACACUUUAAUCAUGAAGUCCAUAUGGCUGAUAACACUACUGGUGUUACUUCUGUUUGGGACCAACAUCCUAGCAUUCCCCGCGACCCCAACUGUGCUGCCCCCUGAGACGGGGAACUUCAGGGUUAAAGACACGAGCCUCACGCACCUCACUGUGCACCGCAAGACGGGCGACGUGUUUGUCGGUGCCGUCAACCGCAUCUACAAGCUGUCGGCCAACCUGACCGAGCUCCGUUCACACAUGACCGGCCCUGUGGAGGACAACGCCAAGUGCUACCCGCCGCCGAGCGUCCGGGCUUGUGCCCACAAACUGGAGCCCACGGACAACAUCAACAAGCUGCUGCUGGUCGACUACUCGGGCAACCGGCUGGUGGCGUGCGGAAGCAUCUGGCAGGGCGUGUGCCAGUUCCUGCGCCUGGAGGACCUCUUCAAGCUGGGCGAGCCGCACCACCGCAAGGAGCACUACCUCUCGGGCGCCCGGGAGGCCGACGGCAUGGCGGGCGUGGUGCUGGGCGACGACGAGGGCCUGCCCGGCGAGAAGGAGAAGGAGAAGAAGAAGAAGAAGGGCGGCAGCCGGCUCUUCAUCGGGGCGGCCAUCGACGGCAAGUCGGAGUACUUCCCGACGCUGUCCAGCCGCAAGCUCGUCGCCGACGAGGAGAGCGACAACAUGUUCAGUCUUGUGUAUCAGGACGGCUUCGUCUCCUCACAGAUCAAGAUCCCCUCGGACACGCUCUCACUCUACCCGGCUUUCGACAUCUACUACGUGUACGGCUUCGCCAGCCGCACCUACAUCUACUUCCUCACCCUGCAGCUGGACACACAGCUCACCCAGAUGGACGCCACCGGCGAGAAGUUCUUCACCUCCAAGAUUGUGCGCAUGUGCGCCAACGACACCGAGUUCUACUCCUACGUCGAGUUCCCCCUGGGCUGCACCAAGGACGGUGUCGAGUACCGCCUGGUGCAGUCCGCCUACAAGCACCGGCCGGGCCGCAGGUUGGCCCAGGCUCUGGGCCUGCCGGAGGACGAGGACGUGUUGUUUGUGGUGUUCUCCCAAGGCCAGAAGAACCGAGCCAACCCUCCCCGCGAGACUGUGCUGUGCCUCUUCACCUUGCAUCAGAUAAACCUGGCGAUGAGAGAGCGCAUCAGGUCUUGUUACCGUGGCGAGGGCAAGUUGUCUCUGCCUUGGCUGCUCAACAAGGAGCUACCCUGUAUCAAUACGCCCAAGCAGAUUGGCGAUGACUUCUGUGGCCUUGUGCUGAACCAGCCUCUAGGCAGCCUGCGGGUGAUCGAAGGCACGCCCCUCUUCGACGAUCGCACCGAUGGCAUGGCCGCCGUGGCCGCCUACACGUACGGGGAGCAUUCCGUGGUGUUCGUGGGCACACGCAGUGGGCACCUCAAAAAGAUCCGUGUGGAUGGCAUUCCUCCAGCCCCGCGGAGUGCCCUGCUGUACGAGACAGUGACCGUAGCUGAAGGCCAUCCCAUUUUGCGGGAUAUGGUGUUCAGCCCGGAUUAUCAAUACAUCUACCUACUGAGUGACAAACAGGUGAGCAGAGUUCCUGUCGAGAGCUGCAGUCAGUACAGCACCUGCAAGGAGUGUCUGGGCUCUGGUGACCCCCACUGCGGCUGGUGUGUCCUCUACAACAAGUGCUCGCGUCAGGAGGCCUGUGAGAAGUGGGCCGAGCCGCAGCACUUUGCCACUGAGCUGAAGCAGUGUACGGACGUCAGUGUGAUGCCCAACAACAUGUCCGUCACCUCCCCUGCCACUCAGGUGAGUGUGCGGGUGGUGAACGUGCCCAGUCUGUCGGCUGGGGUCACCUGUGUGUUUGAGGACCUGUCAGAGAGUCAGGGAGAGGUGCUCUCUAAGGGCCAGGUGCUCUGCAUGUCACCCUCUCUGCGGGACCUGCCGGCACUCACCCAAGGCUACGGUGACAAGCGUGUGGUCAACCUGUCACUCAAGUCCAAGGAGAGCGGCCACACAUUCAUCACCACCGAAUUUGUCUUCUACAAUUGCAGCGUGCUCCAGUCGUGUUCCUCCUGCGUCAGCAGCCCCUUCCCCUGCAACUGGUGCAAGUACCGGCACAUCUGCACCAACAACCUGGCAGAGUGCUCUUUCCAGGAAGGGCGAGUCAGCAGUGUGGAGGGCUGUCCGCAGAUCCUCCCCACCAGUGACAUCCUGGUACCCGCUGGUAUAAUCCGGCCGAUCACGCUGCGGGCACGCAACCUCCCACAGCCGCAGUCGGGGCAGAAGAACUACGAGUGCGUGUUCAACAUCCAGGGCAAGGUGCAGCGCAUUCCCGCCGUCCGCUUCAACAGCUCCUGCAUCCAGUGCCAGAACACUUCGUACUGGUACGAAGGGAAUGAGAUGGGUGACCUGCCUGUGGACUUCUCCAUUGUGUGGGACGGAGACUUCCCCAUUGACAAGCCGGCCUCCAUGAAAGCGCUCCUGUAUAAGUGUGAGGCUCAGAGGGACAGCUGCGGACUGUGUCUGAAGGCGGACAGCCGCUUUGAGUGCGGCUGGUGUCUGGCCGACAAGCGCUGCCUGCUAAAGCAGCACUGCCACAACUCCGAGCACAACUGGAUGCACCAGCUCCGCCGCAACGUCCGCUGCAGCCACCCACGCAUCAGCAAGAUCCGUCCACUCACUGGCCCUAAGGAGGGGGGCACGCGGGUCACCAUCGAGGGGGAGAACCUGGGCCUGCAGGUGCGGGAGAUCGUCGGUGUGCGCGUGGCUGGGGUCCGCUGUGACCCCGUCCCCUCAGAGUACAUCAGCGCAGAGAGGAUUGUGUGUGACAUGGAGGAGUCGCUGCUGGCCAGUUCCCCUGGCGGUCCAGUGGAGUUGUGUAUCGGAGAUUGCAGCGCAGAGUACCGCACCCAGUCCUUCCAGACCUACUCCUUUGUGACCCCUAGCUUCAACAGGGUGCGGCCAGAGAAGGGGCCAAGCUCCGGGGGCACCCGCCUCACCAUCUCAGGGAAGCAUUUGGACGCUGGCAGCACGGUGACCAUCAAGCUGGCCAACGAGGAGUGUCAGUUUGUCAAGCGGACCAUGCGUGAGAUUGUGUGCAUAACCCCUCCAUCUUCGAGUUCUGGGGGACACGCAUCAAUCAAGCUAUUCAUCGACAAGGCGGAGAUCACAAACCCCGACGUCCGCUACUCUUACUCCGAGGAUCCCACCAUCGCCACCAUUGAGCCCAACUGGAGCAUUGUCAACGGGAGCACUUCGCUCACGGUCACCGGGACCAACCUGAACACCAUCCAGGAGCCCAAGGUCCGGGCCAGAUACGGGGGAGUGGAGACCACCAACGUCUGCACAGUGGUGAACGACUUUGUGAUGACCUGCCUGGCCCCGGGCAUCAUCUACACCAAACGUCAGACCCCGGAGACUGGCGUGCACCCGGACGAGUUCGGCUUCAUCCUGGACCACGUCAGCACACUCCUCAUCCUCAACGGCACGCCGUUCACCUACUACCCCAACCCCUCGUUUGAGACGCUAGGGACUUCUGGGAUACUGGAGGUUAAACCAGGCUCCCCCAUUAUCUUAAAGGGAAAGAACCUGAUCCCUCCAGCCCCUGGAAAUGCCCGCCUGAAUUACAGUGUGAUGAUUGGAGAAACCCCAUGUCUGUUAACAGUCUCAGAAUCACAGCUGCUCUGUGAUUCGCCAGACCUGACUGGAGAGCAGCGUGUUACGAUCCUGGUGGGUGGCAUGGAGUACUCCCCGGGCACACUGCACAUCUACUCGGACAGCACGCUCACACUGCCCGCCAUCAUCGGCAUUGGUGCGGGUGGGGGUGUCCUGCUGGUGGCCAUCAUCGCCGUGCUCAUCGCCUACAAGCGUAAGACCCGCGACGCCGACCGCACGCUCAAACGCCUGCAGAUGCAGAUGGACAACCUGGAGUCGCGCGUGGCCCUGGAGUGCAAGGAAGCAUUCGCCGAGCUGCAGACGGACAUCCAGGAGCUGACCAAUGACAUGGACGGUGUCAAGAUCCCCUUCCUGGAGUACCGUACUUACACCAUGCGGGUCAUGUUCCCGGGCAUCGAGGAGCACCCGGUUCUGAAGGAGCUGGAUUCUCCAGCCAACGUGGAGAAGGCCCUGCGUCUGUUCAGCCAGCUGCUGCACAACAAGAUGUUCCUGCUGACGUUCAUCCACACGCUGGAGGCACAGCGUUCCUUCUCCAUGCGCGACCGCGGCAACGUGGCCUCCCUCCUGAUGGCGGCGCUGCAAGGCCGCAUGGAAUACGCCACCGUGGUGCUCAAGCAGUUGCUGGCCGACCUCAUCGAGAAGAACCUGGAGAACCGCAACCACCCCAAGCUGCUGCUCCGCAGAACGGAGUCUGUGGCGGAAAAGAUGCUCACCAACUGGUUCACCUUCCUCCUGCACCGCUUCCUCAAGGAGUGUGCUGGGGAGCCUCUCUUCAUGCUGUACUGUGCCAUAAAGCAGCAGAUGGAGAAGGGCCCCAUAGACGCCAUCACCGGCGAGGCGCGCUACUCCCUCAGCGAGGACAAGCUCAUCCGCCAGCAGAUCGACUACAAACAGCUGACACUAAUGUGCAUCCCUCCCGAGGGUGAGGUCGGCACAGAGAUCCCAGUGAAGGUGAUUAACUGUGACACCAUAACCCAAGUGAAGGACAAGCUCCUGGACACCGCCUACAAGGGCAUCCCUUACUCUCAGCGACCUCAGGCAGACGACAUGGAUCUGGAGUGGAGACAAGGGCGACUGACCCGGAUCAUUCUUCAGGACGAGGACGUGACCACCAAGAUCGAGAGUGACUGGAAGAGACUGAAUACUCUGGCACACUACCAGGUGACUGACGGGUCGCUGGUAGCUCUGGUUCAGAAGCAGGUGUCUGCGUACAACAUCGCCAACUCUUUCACCUUCACCCGCUCCCUCAGCAGAUACGAGAGCCUCCUGCGGACGUCCAGCAGCCCGGACAGCCUUCGCUCGCGGGCGCCCAUGAUCACCCCCGACCAGGAGACGGGCACCAAGCUGUGGCACCUGGUCAAGAACCACGAGCACGCUGACCAGCGCGAGGGAGACCGCGGCAGCAAGAUGGUCUCGGAGAUUUACCUCACCAGACUUCUGGCUACCAAGGGCACGCUGCAGAAGUUUGUGGACGACCUCUUCGAGACGGUCUUCAGCACGGCACACCGGGGCAGCGCACUGCCGCUGGCCAUCAAGUACAUGUUCGACUUCCUGGACGAGCAGGCUGACCGCAGGCAGAUCAGCGACCCUGAUGUGCGCCACACCUGGAAAAGCAACUGUCUGCCUCUGCGUUUCUGGGUGAACGUGAUCAAGAACCCGCAGUUUGUCUUUGACAUCCACAAGAACAGCAUCACAGAUGCGUGCCUGUCGGUGGUGGCGCAGACCUUCAUGGACUCCUGCUCCACCUCGGAGCACCGGCUGGGCAAGGACUCGCCCUCCAACAAGCUGCUCUACGCUAAAGACAUCCCCAACUACAAGAGCUGGGUGGAGAGGUAUUACAGAGAUAUCAGCAAGAUGCCCAGCAUCAGCGAUCAGGACAUGGACGCUUAUCUGGUGGAGCAGUCUCGUCUCCAUGGUAGCGAGUUCAACACUCUCAGUGCCCUCAACGAACUCUACUUCUACAUCAACAAGUACAAGGAGGAGAUCUUGACAGCGCUAGACAGGGAUGGUUACUGCCGCAAACACAAGCUGCGGCACAAACUGGAACAAGCCAUUAACCUGAUGUCCGGCAGCAGCUGAGGGCCGCCACAGAUGGA